GAAUUAUUUUUAUAAUAUUUUAUAAUUUAUUAAAGUAUCCACAAAUUCAAAUAAAAUGAUAAAAAGACCAAAACCAGGUGAAAAUGAAGAGGACAUACUUAAAAUGCAGGAAGAAUUUCUUAAAGACAAAAAUAUGACGCCAUCAGCUCAAAUUGUUAAUUUACGCAAAACUGAACAUAAUACUACUAAAAGGAAUAAUUCCGACCCGACGGAUACAAGACAACCAUCAAAAUAUGCAAUAUCCAGAGGACUAGGUUCAGAAAAACGACCGCGAAAGGCUGGACAACCCAUCGAUGUUAUGGGCGAUAUCGUCGAAAAGAAUAGCUCAGAAACCCAGACGCAGCCGAAUAAGCAAACCGAGGACGACAAAGUUUAUUUCCCAAAAGUGUUACCGUCAAUAUUAGGCGAAAUAAUAGAAAAAAAUUCUGAUAACAUUCCUGUCAAUGAAACAGUUUGUAUGCCAUCUACGGGCUUUCCUAUUGCCACUAAGCAUAAACCUUCUGUAAAGUUCGUUGCGAGGAACUCGAAAAAGACCAGCGCCACGGACGUAGAUGAACCGGCAUGUAGCAGUGGCAAACCUCACAAGGAACCAAACAUUUUAAAACAAAGUUGUGCACUCACUCCCACGGACGCUCAAGCCAUACACAAAGAGAAUGUUUCUCUGUUGAGUAAAAUGUCAGAGCAAGAAAUAUUAGAGGAACAAACAAAGCUCCUGGCGCAGUUAGAUCCAAACCUAAUUCAAUUUUUAAAAAACAAACAUAAAAGUAAAUUUGGUAGUGUAAAUGAACCUGCAAUCAACAAGACUACUAUACAAGUUGAAAAAAUGGAAACUGAAGUGAACAAAACCAACUCAGAAGAUACUCUGUGGGACAAUGAUGUGCUGUCACAUCCUCGAGUUAAUUCCUGGUUGCACUUUGAUAAUCUAGAGAAAGACAAAUUGGAGUGGAUGAAAGGCAUUAAAGAGAGCCAGCUAGACAAGCCAGAUGAGCCCUAUGAAGCGAGGUUUGAUUUUACGGGAUAUUUGCUGCCGUACACUAUGGAGUACACAGAGAAAACCAAGACAUUGUUCCAUCAUGGCCAGGAAUCGCAUAGGCCAGGGUAUUCUGUGCCUGAGCUAUUCGAGCUGACACGAUCAUCCGUCAUUCAGCAGAGAGUUAUGGCUCUCAAUGCUCUAGCUGGCCUCCUAGAGCACAACAGCACUGGAAUUUACACGGAUGUUAUUGAUGUUCCCGUAACCAAAAUAUUCUUUGUCAUAAGAAUAGCCUUGGACGAGAAUAAAGUUAAUUUGCUGGAGCCAUCUUUAAAGGCUUUGAGAAAUUUAAUUUACAACAGAGUGGACGAGGCUUGUCUUGAUGCGUUGAUCGGCUUUGAGGAAGGAAUUUACCAACCUUGUCUUGAGAAUGAUAGGUCAGAAAUUGAAGAGAUUGAAUCACAUGAAUCCGAAUUAAAAGAUUUUCACUUAGCUGAAAUAGAUAUAAUAGCAGCAUUGAUAAGGUCAGACAUUUUACAGAGGCUUUAUUAUAUCAUUGAAAAUGUUAGACCCAGUUUUAACUCCGUCCAAUAUGCCCUGCAAGUACUAACAAGGCUGGCUAGGGAUUCUGUGGACACUUGCACCAAAAUUGUGCAGAUGGACCAUCUAAUGAAGUCUGUUAUAAAAUCCUUUAUACCCACAACCAGCAUUAACUUUUUGUUUAAUCCAGAAAUUGUAUACAACGGUAAACCUGUUCUGGCUGCUCUUAAACUACUGAGAAUUAUUUCUUUACAAUCAAAGGAAAUUGGUGAAAUUAUAAUUAGUAAAUAUGACAUACUGAAGCCCCUAUCUGCUUACGUCACUUCCGGUGUUGAUGGCACGUAUGGACUACGUUUACAGAUUGAAGCAUUUAGUAUUUUAACAAAUCUACUGAAUUACGAGCUGGGUAUUGAGAAUGCUAUGUCGCUGUGUCCGGUGAUUGUAACUACCCUCUACAAACAUGUGCAGGGGACUGAUGUGUCAGCGACGACUUCCAUACUGUCUGCCACUCAUGCAGCAGUCGUUUUGCAGUAUGUAAACAAACUUAUUACUUGUACCAAUCUGAGCAACCUUAAGGAGCAAAUAUAUCAUCUAUUGAGGGAAGGCUUGCAGAAGUGGGUCAGCCAAGUAGCCAACUGUCAUGACUACACCUGCGGACACUUGCGCCUCGUCAGCUCGCUACUUGAUUGUUGUAAGACUGUAAUACAAGUUGAGGAAGUCCAGUUUAAAUUUUUGGAUGAUCUCCUUAUCAAUCUCGUUAACUCGAAUGGAGCUGCAGUCAUCUUUAAAAAUCUAAUUUCUAGUUCGAAUCUGCUCUCCGAUAUUGACGACAAAUAUUUAUAUACAACUAAAAAUAUUAUGAGCCUCGGGACCGUUUUAACAACGGGAAGAAGGAUUUUGCCCGUGCUCCAGGUCAGCUCUCCUAUUCCAUUCCUCCUCACACUGUUUAAGCUGUUGGAGCACAUUGAUAACAAAGACAUCACACUUAAGUUCAUUAAUCGAGUCAAGGAUUACAUAGACUUACUGACGAAAAGACAGCUCUUUCUCACGAGCAACUGGUUCUCAAGAAUGGAGGUGGAACUCGUUUAUUACAUUGUCAAACUUGCAGCUACUGUGGACACUUCCGAAGCGUGCAAAGACGUUAUGUACACAGUCGCAAGUAAACUUUGUUACAUAUUGAGGGUAGAUAAAAAGUGUGAGCUGCUAGUAUUGUUCGAAAAUAUAAUAUUCGAGAAGCAAUGGUUCACAGCACAGCGACUGUUUAACCUGGUGUCGUUGUCGGAGGCAGAUGGGUUUUCUAAAACAUUAACCAAUAUAGAGGAUAUAAAAAAUUGCUACGGCUCUGUUAUGAACCUUAAACACAUACACUCCCGAAACAUCGUCCUGAAAGAUUGGCGAGAGCCAAUUUUGCCCAGGGAUUGGAUUUACUUGCCUAUCCUGUCUCUGUACAGCAGGAGUCAAGAAAUGAAGCCGACACCCGUAGUACAGGGAGAGCACGCGACUAAAGUUGCCGAGCUAAUGGCAAAGGAGAAGGAACUCGUCGUCAAAUGCUGUCUGGAGUGGACAAUCUUCAAUGAAAUGUGCUUCCCCGAUUUGCUGAGCGAUAUAGAUGUAACCGACAGAUUCUGUAGAAUCAUGUGCGUCUUCCUGUGUGAUAAUUCCCUAUUUUUGGAUAACAACGUAAAGUUGCUUUUACACAGAUGUACUCAAAUUAUUUUCAAGCAGAAAGAAAAGUUAAACUUUGAUAAGGAGCUAGUGGGUCUACACAAUUUCCAAGAUUUGUACACCCAGUUCUUAGAACAGUUUCAGUCCGUAAGCUACGGCGAUUCUACCUUUGCUGCUUGUGUUUUGGUACCGAUAGCCCAGAAACACGACGUCAAAUGGCGCAAGUUGCUGUGGUCGGAGUACGCUGGAUGCCUUAGGGCGUUGGAUUGUCCAGAGACCAUGAUGUGCUACAGUUUUAACGAGUACAUUCACCCAGAAGAAACUGAUGAGUCUCUCUUGAAGAGUUAUUUCAGGGCACUUUCGAGCAACCUCCUGAGACCUGGCACAAUUUCCUUUAAAAUAGCACACUAUCAUGUUCAGAAGUUUAUAGAAAGAAAAAACAGUGUACAAUAAAUAUUUUUAAUAAAUACUUA